AUGAGUAUUGUAUAUAAUUUCGAGGGAAAGGUAGUCCUAAUCACUGGCUCGAGUUCAGGUAUAGGCGCCGCCACUGCUCUACUAUUUGCCCGAAACGGUGCCCGCGUUGUCAUCACUGGUCUCGACGGUCGAGACGUGCGUUCAGUCGCUGACGAGUGCGCCUCAGUAUCACUGAUAGGGUUGUCGGCUAUACUCGAAGUGGUGGUAGACGUGCGCCGGGAGUCCGAUAUUAGAGGACUGGUCGCUGAAACCAUUAAUAGGUUUGGACGGAUAGACGUGUUGGUGAACUGCGCCGGUAUCCUUGACCUGACCCCCAUAACUCAUCCGGAUUACAUCAAAAAUCAAUUGAAUGUGCUUGAUGUUAAUUUAAAUCCGUGCGUAUUAUUGACUCAUUUAUGCGCUAAAUAUUUGAAGUUAAGCGCCGGUAGUAUAGUCAUCAUAUCUAGUGUGGCCAGUAUUCAACCCGCCAAGAACCAUUCAGCAUAUUGUAUGUCAAAGGCUGCUCUCAAUAUGUUUACCAAAUGUAUGGCAAUUGAAUUGGCUGACCAUGGUGUUCGUGUUAAUGCCUCCUGGUUUGGUGCGCACAAAAUGCUAUAA